AUGUUGCCUUCACGCCUCGUCUUUGCUAGUGGCAGCCUCCAAGUCGCUCCAGGCUUGACUACAACUUCACGGUUGACCCCGCUCGUCGUAGGUAGGCCCAGCUUGGUUCGUUAUGUGACAGCUGGAAGACCACCAUUACGGUCACGCUUGACAAGAACUCCUCUACGAAUAAAAAAGGAGGCGGUAGAGGAUGUAGACGAGCCACAAAAUGGAGAUAAAGAGGCGCAACACCGGAGAAUGAUUGACAAUAACAAUCCAAAUCCCGUAGUUAGCUUACCUGGAGGUAUUAUGUGGCCUUUUACAAGCUCUUCUGCGACGGACGCGGCGUUGACCACGGUUAUUGGCCUCGGGCUCGUCUUCCUGGGUGGUGUAGCAUACUUAACAUGGUACAAAUGGCGCGUGUUGGACAAAAUGGAACAAGCCUUUGCCAAAGGAUACGAUCCGGCUCUUGAGCUUGCGGUGCACGUCCCCAAACGUUCGGCAAACAGUGACGGUUCGGAUUCCGUCACUUACUUGGAUUCAGAGAAUCUCCGACGAAAGGAGCAAUCAAGAGUAGACGAAAUUGUCAACGGCACAGAGACGGGCCAUUACUUCUUGCUCAUUGGAGCUAAAGGCGUUGGGAAAAGUACAAUGAUUCUGGAAGCUAUGCGAGCUAUCGAUGCGGAGGGCGUAAGUAUCUGUGAAGCGCAUCCAGACCUCGAGGUCUUUCGGCUUCGUCUUGGCAAGGCAUUAAACUUUGAGUACAAUGAGGAUACCCAAACCGGUCUUUUCCAACGUCGUGAUCCACGUGAAGGUGGACCGGCACUCGACAUUGAAAGAGCCUUUAAUAAACUGGAGAAAGUUGCACUUCGAUGCCACAAGAAGAGGGGAAAGCCGCUCGUCCUCAUCAUCAACAAUGUUCACAUGUUCCCAAAUGAUGACUCGGGAAAGAACCUCUUGGUGCAGAUUCAACAGAGGGCGGAAGCCUGGUGCGAGAGUGGUAUCCUAACCGUGGUGCUUGCCUCCGAUGAUCUGUGGCCCUAUAUGACUUUGCGGAAGACGAGUAACAGGAUGCAAGUUAUCUCGAUUAGUGACCUGGAUCCCAAGGCUUCAGCCCACGCCUUGCGCAAUAUGCGCAAAAACUCUCAAUGGAAAGUCAACGAUACCGAAGGCGCCGUCGAGGAAGCAGCCUCCAUUGUUGGAGGCCGUUUAGCCUACAUUAACAAAGUGUCCCAUGGACGCAAUAUGGUGGAUACCGCAAAGCAAAUGCUUGCGGAGGAAAAGGCAUGGCUCUUGAGUCAGAUUGGACUCAUUAGAGACUGCGACGACGACGUGAUGGACGAACAAAAGUGGUCGUCGUGCUCUUGGUUGCUACUCCAGGAGUUUGUCAAGAUGCGAAAGGAGCAAGAAAAGGAGAGGGACGAACGUAUUGCAGCCUUUCAGGCUGAGCAUCCUGGGCAACCAUUUAUUGCAGAACCACUCGACCUGCCCAUCAUUCCAUAUCAUCAAUGCCGGCAGUUGAUGACGAGGACAGACUUUAUGGAAGAUUUGGAUCGCCUGAACAUCAUCACCAUUGAUACCCGACUAGGAGUCAAGCCAGACUCGAUGCUAACCUUGCAAGCCGCGCGAGAGGUGGUCGAGGAGGACGGGUUUGACGAGCUCCUAGAGAGCGUUCGAGAACGUAUCGACGAGAUUGAGAGCUUGCACCGCACGCGAGAGCUGACCUUCAAGGAUCUUGCCGAGGGCGACAAGCUGCGGUUAGCGAUUGACAAAGGCUCGUAG